UGGGCGUAUUUGCGUCCCAGCUCAUAGUCGACCAUGUCCACCCUCAGCUCGUAGUGGGCGGAGUGUGUGAGCAGGUGCAGGGCCUCCAGACCCAGCCACAUUUCUCCCCUCAACUCCCCGAAACCUUCCCGGUGACGGGGAGUGGUGUAUUGCUGGCGGCGUGUGGAGCACCAGUGGUCUGGGCAACAUAGAGAAGCACUCACCCACCCACGUCCUCCCUCGGGAAAAUGCUUCCUGUGGCCCUCAGUUCGUCAGGAAAUUGUAGGGUGCGGAGCAGCACUGGAGGAAGACAUUCCUUCACGCAAUCGGACUGAGGUGCUGUCCAUAAACAAAGCGUGGCAGGGCACAGUUGGCCGUGUGUGCGAGGCAGCAGAGGCCACAGUCCCGUGCAGGCGCCACGCAGCGGAUAACCAGGGAAGAUGGCAGCCGUCGUCAGAUCCAGAAUAUAUUUUUCCUCUGUUGUGCGCUUCUCCGACCGUGAAUCUUUUGUCUGAACUCCUCAGCGCGCAGAUAAUAAUGGCUGACACCACAAACUCUGCUGGGGCUGAUGAUGACAUUGCUCUUGGUGAUUUAACUGAGCAAGAAUCUAAUGCCAGGAACCGCCAGGACCCUGAAUCUGUACUGGCUUCCUUUCGUGAGGAAUGGCAACGUGAACUGGAAGGUGCUCAGGUCCAGAAAGGCCUUUGCAAUGUGUCUAUGCAAUCAUCUCCUUCGAAGGAGGCCACUCAAGGUUCCUCCAGCCAUAAUAAAGGACCUCUGAAAGCCGUGCAGAGUGCUCCUAAGGACAAUGGUAGUGAUAGUGGUGGUGGCAUCAUUAGUGAAGGUGGUGAGGGAGGUAGUGAAGGCUAUGGUGUUCCUAAUGUUGAGAGCAGCACUCCAAUGGAGGAAGUUACAUCAGAUGUUGAAGCAAAGGCUACAGAGCUGUUCAAAAAGGCUGUCGAGUUGGAGCAAAGUGGACGACUGUAUGAGGCCAUCCAGUUCUACCGUCGAGCAAUGACACUGGUGCCAGACAUAGAAUUCAGGGUCCAUCAUCAGAACAUGCUUGAAUGGAGUGAAAACUACCAGGCUCAAGGGGAAGGAGAGGACACAGCUUCAGAAGACGAAUUGGACCAAGAAGAGAUUCAAGACCUUGUAUUCAGAUUCCAGGCAUUGACAUCUUCCUCUCAAGCUGUAUGCAUUCCCCAGUUUGACCAGGAGGCACCACAUAUUUCUUGUUUGCCUCCUGAGAUGCUGGAGCGCAUUAUGCACUGGGUAGUUGGAAGUGAUCUGGAUAUGAGAUCGCUGGAACAGGUGUCACGGGUGUGUCAAGGCUUCUAUCUGGUGGCCAGGAACCCUGAACUGUGGCACAAAGCUUGUCUCAGGAUUUGGGGCCUGAGUUGUGGCGUUCCUGGAGCUUAUGGGUCAUGGCGGAACAUGUUCAUCCAACGGCCACACCCACGUUAUAAUGGAUGCUACAUCUCCCGCACCACCUACUUCAGGUCUGGAGAGAGUAGCUUCCAGGACCAGAACUACCAACCAUGGCAUUUGGUUCAGUACUACCGUUAUCUAAGGUUUUUCCCUGAUGGCAUCAUUAGUAUGUUGACUACUGCUGAUGAGCCUCACAUGGUGGUGUCUCAGCUACGCACCCGGGAUGUACGCAAUCCUCAGGUGCUGCAGGGACACUACUGCAUCCUGGGGUCCAGUUUGUCUCUGGUAUUGAAGCGACGGUCUCGGGAAAGGCAGAUGAACAGGAGGAAGGGCCGUAGAUACAGAGGAGGAACUACUGAUGUUGCAGAAACUAUCUUUCAGAUUGAAUAUGAAAUUCGACCUGUCAAGGAACACUUGCACUGGCAGUUGGUGUGGCGAACAUACACAAUCAUCUCUAUCCACUAUGAUGACAAGCAGAACAUCUCACAGAUUGAUGUUAGUGAUGCCAGCAAGUUUCCACCUUUGCUUUUCUCCAGAGUGAAGAGCUACUCCAUGACAUGUGACAGCCCCCUUACAUAAUCAUCUGACAGGGGAAUUUUUCUUUUUAUGCUGCUUACAGGAACUACAUUCAGCAUUAGUAUUAUGCAUUUUGUACUUGCUUUUUCAUUAAUUUAACAUUGGUGCUGCCUUUUGUUUACCAUUCUUAAUGCUCAGAAAGUAAGAUUACCCUUUAUGUAAUGCAUAAGAGAAUCCCAGCAGCAGAAUGACUAAAGGAUUCAGUUAUAGCCACUCAUUGCCUUAUGUUUGUGGACUAACUAGGAAAAGAAAUGUUGCCUCAUCCUGCUUGGCAGUAAUAUUAUUCUACAUCAAAGUACGAAAAUGACUCUGGUGAUCCAUGAACGUCAUCAUAUCUUAAAUGGUUCACAAUAUUGUCAUGAUAUUUCUAAAACAAAUUUUCAUUAUAAUGAUUUCCUCAAAAGUGUGUGUUUUUUUAUAGAGAGAGAGUGCGUUCACACACACACACACACACACACACACACACACACACACACACACACACACACACACACACACACACACACACACACACACACACACACACACACACACACACACACACACAGGAUGGUUUAAAUAAGAUAAAUAGAUGGAGUAAAUCUUAGCAAAUGGAAUUCAAUGGAAAUGAAUGUAAAGUAAUGGAGUUUGGUGAGAGUAAGAAAAGAAUACAGUAUCACUGUGAGAUGGAUGGUGUGAAGUUAAAGAAAUCAAAAGAAGAAACAGAUUUGGGAGUAACAGUUACUGAAAAUUUGACUCUGGACACACUUACAAAAUUACUGGAGAGAUGAUGAAUUUGUUAAAAGAAUAAGAAUGGCAUUCUCAUAUUUGGAUGAAGGAAUGAUAAGAAGAGUUGUUAAUUUCCAUAAGACCAAGAUUGGAAUAUGUGGCAGUAGUGUGGUCUUGUCAUACAAGGAGGAAUAUUAUAAAACUGGAAAGAGUACAAAGAUGGUUCUGGAGUUAUGUCGACCUAUGAAGAGAGAUUAAGAAAGUUGGAAAUUCCUACUCCUGAAAAUAGGAGAAAGGAGAUUUAAUAAACAUCUGCAGAAUGAUAAAUGGAGAAUGCAGAAUGGAAAAUGUGGACAAAGAAUGUUUUAUAAAUUUAGACACGAAGUGAAGAAAGUUAACUGUUAAGAAGUAUAGUUUUCCUCACAGAAGUGUGAACAAAUGGAAUAAACUCAGUGAAGAUGUCAUUACCAAAACUGUCCAUGCUUUUAAGACCAAACUGGAUAGAUAUAGGGACGGAAUACCAAGAUUACUCCCCUCCCAUAAACCACAACUAGGUAAAUACACACACACACACACACACACACACACACACACACACACACACACACACACACACACACACACACACACACACACACACACACACACACACACACACACACACACACACUUCCAUUUAACUUGUCAAAUGUUUCCCAGCUAUGUUGAAGUAUGAAUAAAUCUUGUUCUUACUCACAAUAAAAUUAUUGGCAUGCUCAGCUUACAACUAAGCAGGCCUUAGUUUGAGUUGUAGGUGUGGCAAAGCAGAUGGAAAAGCCUCUUAAUGCAGCCCCUGUUCACCUAGCAACAGUGGGGUACAGGAUUUAAGCCAAGAAGCUGUGACCUUGCUGUUCUGAUGAAUAGUGUGUGAGUGGUCUCUGUCCUACCCAAAGAUUGGUCUCUGUGAGCUCUGAGCUCUUUCUGCAAGGAAACAGAUGGUUGGGUGAGAAGCAGACAACCAUGGAUAAAUAAUGCAUACACAUUCACUCAGUAUAGUGUAGUGGUUAGCACACUUGGCUUACAACUGAGAAAACCUGGAUUUGAGUUCCAGGAGCAGCAAGGCAAAUGGGCAAGCUGCCUGUAUGAGGGCCCCUUCACCCAGCUUAUGGGAUGUGAACCAAGAAGUUGUGACCUCACUGUCUUAGUUUGCAGUAUGUGAGUGGCUUCAAUUCUACCCAAAGAUUGGUCACUAUAAGCUCUGAGCUCUUUCUGUAGGGAAAUGGCUUGCUAUGCUGCAAAACCAGUAGACAACAAUGAGUUAACACAUUCAAAGGCAGAAGUGCUGGGUUAACAAUCCCUACUAGACUACAAGGUCAUUGCUUUCAUACCAUACAAGCUGUAUGGUAUGUCUUAACAUAAUAGAACCUGUCUUAACAUAAUAGAACUUUAUGCAUGGAAUUAGACUUAGUGGAGUACCCAGUUAAUGAAAGACUUCUUUUUUUUUCCCACGUCAGAUAUGUAGAAGACAAGACUUGGGCCUAAUAAAUUUUUACUUCCUGAAUGACAAGAAAAAGGCAAUAUCAAGUUAACUUAUCAUUUGUUGGAUACAGUGUUUCUCCAUCUGGCAUAAUGCAAAUGAUGUUUUCAUAUUAAAGCACUGUGAUAACAACAAUCAUGCUGUGGACAGUGAUGCUAAGAAACCAGGUAGUCUAAAAGCAGCCUAGGUAUCUAGAAAAGCCAUGAUAGUGGCUACACCACUACAUGAAAUGGAAAUUAAAAAUGCUGUAUCAAUGAGGAUAGAGUGAAAGUAACCAUCUUUUAAAAUCAAUCCACAGACUGCAAAAUGUUUGAAAAAUACAAACCUAUGUAUAAGUGAACAUUUUUAACUGUAUAUUAAUUUGCAUUAUACAAUAUCUUGCCAAGUAACUUCUCUGUUUUGGCUCCAUGAGUGCUGGUUAUGAAGGGUGGAGGGAGAGAAAGAAAAGGCAGACAGGCAGCAGUGGAUGGAGAUAGCACUAUGCAAUAGUUAAUUAACCACUCACUCUCUUAGCCCUGCAUCUAAUUUAGCACAUCUAUGCAAUCUGUCAUGUAUCCUGUAGUCAUAAUUUAUGGCAACAAUGAGGUAAUGGAUGUUGAUAAUGUGGCCACCACAACCAAUGAGUUUCAUCUGUAGGAAGGAAAGGAAGGUGGAAAAAGUACAUGGACUACUGCAUGGUAGGAUAAAAGCAUCAGUUAUUAGUGGAAGUAGCAUUUUAAUGCCAAUACCAAUACUCUCACUCAACCUAUAUAUGCACCAAGUACAGGAGAAUGACUCAGGAGACAUACCCAUUAGCCAACCCCCAUUUUAUAUACUUUUUCCAACAAUGACUGCACAUCAUGAAUAUGGUGGCACAUUAAAUAAGAUGGAUUGUAGUAUGUAAUGCACUGAUAACCUUUUGAAGGUCAUUAGCUCUUUGGUCAUGGUUUUACAUUCAUUGUAUUUCUGUUCACUUAAGAGACCAGAUAUCAAUCUAAAUUAAGGAAAGAUGUUCUUGCAAUCUAGGAGAACUGAAAGGCCAGCAGUCCUGCCCUUGAAUGUGUGUGUGUGUGUGUGUGUGUGUGUGUGCACGCGCGUGCAUGUGCGCACACACUUGUAUGCUAAAUUAGACUAUGUGGACACUUUAUACAAGUUAUACAAACAAACAUAUACAUCAACAGUUUAUAUGAGUGUGAAAGUCAUAAAUUCCAGCAUAUAAUGCAAUUAAACAUUUUCUCGCACUAACCUGGUUUAGCAAUGUAUUUAACAGUAUCAAAUACUGAUAUAAGGCCCUUGUGGAGAUUCAACUGAUUUCAUCCAUGUUUACAAUAAAAAUAUGGUAAAUUAAGAAGCAUCUAAGCAUGAUAAAGAUGAAAAGAAGUGAACAUAGACAAAUUAUUGUCACACCAAUGUCUCCACAACACUUGCACCCUCAGUAUAUUGACAAUGCUAUGCUCAGCAUCUCCAACUUGUAGGUAAAAAAGUAGUAAUUAAAAAAAAAUAAAUAAAUAAAACUUGUCUGCUAGAUGUGUUUGUGAGGUAAGCUCAUAGUGUUGAUUCUGAAGUUAGAAUACCUUGCAGAACAGAGGUUGUGACAUCAUGUGCUUUCAUGACUAGCAUGUUUUAAUAUUUAGAAAUAAUCCUUCUGCUGUAUAUUGAGCACAUUCUUCUUGCACACUCCCUGACCAGAGUAUAUCUUUGAAUUUGAUAUACAUUAAGCUCAAAGGGAAAAUGAUCACCUCAUGAACAAAAAAUCUAACAGCAGCAAAAAGGUGAUUUGUAGACAAGCACAGGAUGCCUAGGUGGACAGGUGAAAAUGAUACCUAUCUGAUGCAUAAAAUUACUCUCUACUUGGGAUGUAAAUUUACCAGUCAGAGCAUUUAACAUCUUACCUGUCCAGUUCUCCCUGUUAAAAAGUAGUUGAUCUAAACUGACUUCUUUUUAAUUGUAUUAUCAAACAAAAUUUAUUUAUUUAAUCAUUUGGAUUAUUUAUUUGGAUUUUCCCUUUCUCUGCAUGUAAAUACCUCCAAUCUGCACUGGGUCACACACACAAGAAUACCAUUAUGUACUACUACAGGUUGAUAAUGCUUUUGUCCAGAUUUCCAAAAUUUACAAGUUGAGAAUGCUCGUCAGAAUUCCAAACUAAGCAGAUUUUGGGAAGUACAUAACAUGAAGGAGGUAAGAGUUAGUAAAAUGUGCGUCCCAUCACUAACAGAAGAGUAUUAUAGCUAUAAUAGUAUUAUAACUAUACUAACAUUUUGAGGCACUACAUGCUCCUCAUUCUAACUUCUUAAGGCAGCUGGCUCAUUUUACUCACAUCACUGGGAGCCUUUACCACAUUAAACAGUUACACUUAAAAGAACUUGACAGGGAUUACAAAAAAAAAAAAAAAAAAAAAAAAAGAACAGUUUGACACAGAAUUUGGUGUUUGCUCUCAGCUCAAGUUUGAGGUCAAUGGUAAGAUCAAUGAGUACAUCAACAUGUGAUUCACAAUAUUAAGCUAAAUAUCAUAAGAAAAUAUUCUUUUAUAUUUCUUUUAUAGAGCUCAUUCUUAAUGAAACAAUACAAAUGUGUGGUGCAUCCUGCAAUAAAUAUAUGAUAAAUUUGUACCUUAAAGUAUUAGGAUCUCUCCAACAAAGAAUCAAUUUAUAAUGAAAACUUUUUUCCUCAAAAUAGACAAUUUAUACCAAUAAAUUGUCUUUCUCUUAGUAAAAUAGGGAUGUGUCUUGCCCAACUGCAAGUAUGAUACAUAUUUGACAUUAAGUGUUGGAUGAUUAUUUACAUUAAGUAUUCUGAACAUGCUUGAGAUGCAUUAUGCUAAGGUGUUUCAGACAAAUUAUGCAAAGCUACAAUGAUGAUGAUUUUGCUUUUAUGUAUGUGGUAUGAUAUCUAUUUAAAAAUGGCUUUAUCUGAUAACAAACAUCAUUAAAGGUGUUCUAAAAUCCACAGCACUUCUGGUUCUGAGCAUUCUCAAUAAUAGAUUCCUAACCUGUACUAUUGUGUGUAUAUAUAUAUAUAUAUAUAUAUAUAUAUAUAUAUAUAUAUAUAUAUAUAUAUAUAUAUAUAUAUAUAUAUAUAUAUACCAUAAAUUUUAAAGUUUCUAGGGAUGGAUUCCUCUCCUAAUUGGACUGUUCUUGAUUCAGCAGUCACAGCAUACAAAUCAUGAUCUUUAGUACAAACAUAUGUAAGAUUUAUGGUAUUUGUUGUGAAUUAUUGAUUUGUUUCCAAGUGAACACCAGGAAGAGUUGAAGUGGAUUGAAAAAUCAUUAUUUUCAUUAACAGAAAAUUCAUGUAUACUUAUUGAAAAUUUUAGAGUAAAAGUUACUGAACCUUUUAAAUAGUCUCUCUCUCUCUCUCUCUCUCUCUCUCUCUCUCUCUCUCUCUCUCUCUCUCUCUCUCUCUCUCUCUCUCUCUCUCUCUCUCUC